AGCCUAUUUCUGAUAAGAAAUAUUAAGAAAAAAUCCCAAUUCGUUGCUCUUACACAUACUGUCAAAUGAAAAAUUUGAAAUAAUUCUGCUUCGAGCGAUUUUCUUACAAAAUGAUAAUAUUAAUUAAUUUUGUUCUGAUUGGUAUUAUCCGCUUAGGAAGUGCUCAACUUUGUGAACAAGAACUUAAAAAACAGUACUUAAUUCCUGAUGUUAUUAAAUCAUGUGAUUAUGAUUUAGAGGUAGUAUACAAUGGCAAUACAGUGCUGAAUUGUGGUGAUUAUAUUUCAUUUUAUCAAACAGCAAGAUCCCCUCUUCUAAAACUUAAUGUUUUAAAGAAGUGUAAAUAUGUAACAUUAGUCCUGUUUGAUCCUGAUUUGGCAAUGCUGCAAGGCUUUGUUCAUUGGAUAGUUCACAACAUACCUACCAGCCAAAUAGAAAAUGGUUGGGAAAAAGGAAACAUGGGUGAUACAAAAUUUUCAUAUGUGCCUCCUAUUGCUCCUAUAAAUUCCCACAGAUAUGUGUUUUUGUUAUUUUGCCAAAAGAAUAAAAUGGUGGUGGAGCCAGAAAAUAAAUAUGAAUCAGGUGCGAGUAGGAUGUUUUUUAAUGCAACCCAAUUCCAACUGAAGCAUAAAUUUCAAAAUCCUCUUGCCUGCAAUUUUAUGGAAGUAACACUCACUUAAAAAAAAAUUCAAGCAAUUAUUGUACACAUUGAAGAAUCUAAAUAAUUUCUUUAUUUUUGAUAUUUUUAGGUCAUUUCCUAAAAAAUGUAAUUGAACCAACGCUUGUAUUGUGGAUCACCAAAUAAAAUGAUGGAAAAUA